UGCAGGGUUUAGUGCGAAUCUAGAGGUCCCAGAAGGACUAUCCUGAAUUACAAAUAAGAAAUUCAGAGUUCCUUCAGUCGAAAAACAGGGGAUCGAUUGUAUCUGGAGUUUCUCUUGCUUGAAAGGAUUACGCAUUGUGCACCCAGACAAACAAUGGAUACUGCGCCAGGCAAAAUUCAACAGAACAGGCAAGUGAUAUUCCUUAUUGUAGCUUUUCUCUUGUCUGAGGUGGGUUCGGAGCCGGGGCGGUUUUCUGUGGCAGAGGAGAUGGAGAGCGGCUCCUUUGUUGCCAAUGUGAUAAAGACCCUUGGGGUGGGAGUGGGGGAAUUGUCAGCUCGAGGGGCCCGGGUGCUCUCUGAGGAUAAAAAACAGCAUUUACAGCUCAUUAGUGAGACUGGAGACCUUCUUAUAAAAGAUAAAUUGGACAGGGAGGAGCUGUGCGGCCCCACCGAGCCCUGUGUGCUACCUUUCCAGAUCUUACUAGAAAAUCCUUUGCAGUUCUUCCGGGCUGAGCUCAAGGUCGAAGAUAUAAAUGACCAUUCGCCCACAUUCUUAGAUAUGGAGACAUUUUUGAAAAUACCAGAAAGUACCACAUUGGGGACAACUUUUCCCUUGACAAUCGCCCAGGAUAUGGAUGUCGGAAAGAAUGGUCUCCAAAACUAUACAAUCAGCCCUAACCCCUACUUUUUCCUUCGUACUCGCACCCACCGUGAUGGGAGGAAGUACCCGGAACUGGUGUUGGAAAAAGCUCUGGAUCGUGAGGAGCAGCCGGAGCUCACAUUAACCCUCACCGCCAUCGACGGUGGGUCCCCGCCCAGGUCUGGGACCGCCCAAGUGAGGAUCACCGUUGUGGACAUCAAUGAUAAUACACCUGUGUUUGCUCAGCCUCGGUAUGAAGUGCAGAUUCCCGAGAACAGCCCCAUUGGUUCCCUGGUUGUGACUGUCUCUGCUCGAGAUUUAGAUGCUGGUAUCUAUGGAGAUAUAACUUAUACCUUAUUCCAAGCAACUGCAAAAGUCAGUCAAAUGUUUGGAGUAGACCCCAUAUUCGGAGACAUUCGACUGAAAAGAGCAGUGGAUUUCGAGGAAAUCCAGACAUAUGAUCUAUAUAUCGAGGCCAUAGACGGGGGAGGCCUUUCUACAAAAUGUAGUGUCUUGGUCCAUGUGACAGAUCUAAACGACAAUCCCCCAGAACUGACAAUGUCAUCAUUUACCAGCAAUAUCCCAGAGAACUCCUCUGAGACUGUGGUCGCUGUUUUCAGCAUCCGAGAUCGGGACUCCGGGGACAAUGGAAAGAUGACUUGUUCCAUUCAGGAAGAUCUCCCUUUCGUCCUGAAACAGCAAUUUGAAAACAUCUACAUUCUCAUAACAGAAGAAACAUUGGACAGAGAGAAUAAGGCGGAGUACAAUAUUACCAUUACUGUCUCGGAUUUUGGGUCUCCAAGACUCAAAACUGAGCAUAACAUCACGGUGAUCAUCUCCGAUGUCAAUGACAACCCACCAGUAUUUAAUCAGACAGCCUAUACACUCUACCUCCGGGAGAACAACAGCCCAGCUGUCCAUAUUGGCAGCGUCAGUGCUAGCGACAGGGACGUGGGAAGCAAUGCCAAAGUCACCUAUUCACUGCUGCCCCUUGAGGAUGAAAAACUGCCCCUCUUCUCCUACAUCUCUAUCAACUCAGAUAAUGGACAUAUUUAUGCCCUGAGAUCCCUGGAUUAUGAAGCCAUACAAACUUUCCUGUUUACUGUGAAGGCAACUGAUGGAGGCUCUCCAUCCCUGAGCAGCAAGGUACUCGUUAGUGUUGUGGUCCAGGAUGAGAAUGACAACUCUCCCUUUGUGCUGUACCCCCUGCAGAAUGGCACAGCUCCCUGCAAUGACCUGGUACCCAGAGCUGCAGAGCCAGGUUACCUUGUGACCAAGGUGGUGGCUGUAGAUGGGGACUCAGGACAGAAUUCCUGGCUUUCCUAUCAAUUGCUUAAAGCCACAGACCCUGGGCUUUUCACUGUCUGGGCCCAUAAUGGAGAAGUGCAUACAGCAAGACCUAUUAGUGAGAGAGAUGCCAUCAAACAAAAGCUCCUGGUGCUGGUGAAGGACAAUGGACAACCACCUCUAUCCACAGCAGCCACACUGAAUGUGAUCCUGGUUGAUGGUUUCUCUGAACCCUACGUUAAUCUCUCAGAGGAAACCAAGGAACAAAUGCAAACUGACUCUCUCACUAUUUACUUAGUCAUUUCUCUGGCCUCUGUAUCUUUUCUCUUCCUGGUCUCAGUUAUCCUGUUCAUCUCAGUACGCCUUUGGAGGAAAAAAAGAGAUACUUUGAACAGUGGCUACUUUGGACCACAUGGACCCUCAUCAGGUCACUUUGUGGAUAUCAAUGGAACUGGGACCCUGUCCCAGAGAUAUCAAUAUGAAGUGUCCCUGACCAGUAGCUUGGGGACCAAUGAGUUCAAAUUUUUAAAGCCCAUUAUUCCCACUGUACAAGCUCAGGGCUGUGGAAAGGAUUUAGAGGAAAAUCCAUCCUUUCAGAAUACCUUUGGCAUCAAUUAAUGACCUUGCCCUGUCUAUAAAAUGCAUUACAUGAUGAUAAUUUAAAAUAAUUAUUCACAAUUUUAUGACAUUGUACUAUAUCUAACUUUUUGUGUUCUAUUUUGUUCCAUAUAGAUAAUCAAUAGUUUAGGAAAGUAAUGUAUUAAGCUUGUUUCUUAGACAUUUAACACUUUCAUAUGUAUAGUCUUUAGUCUAUUUAGAUUUGGAAGGGCCUUUGUAUGUUAUAUAAUCCAACUCCUUUAUCUUACAAAUCAGGAAACCGAGGCCCAGUUAAGAUAGGUGAUUUGUCUUGUUUUGUUUGUUUGUUUUUGUGGGGCAAUGAGGGUUAAGUUACUUGCCCAGGAUCACACAGCUAGUAAGUGUCAAGUGUCUGAGGUCAGAUUUAAACUCAGGUCUUCCUGAAUCCAGGGCCGGUGCUUUAUCCAUUGUGCCACCUAGCUGCCCCUCACGAUCUGUCUUUUAAGGGAAGAUCCACUGCUUGUUGCUAAUGGACGUAUGUAAUAUUUUUACAAUAGUUUAAGUUAUUGGUAUCUUAAUAUAAUGAAGCACAAAUGUUUUCACAUUUCCAUUGCAAAUGAAGGUUUGGUACUCUCAUUAGCAGCACAUAUUCUAAAGUUAGGACUGUAUAAUGUUGAUUAGUGUGACUCCUCUUCAAGAAUGGCAAAUUCAUCAAGCACCCCAUAUUUUGAAUAAAACUUUCAUGGAUCCUUCCAACUCUUAAUUCUCAUGUCAUUAUACCAAACAUGAUACAAGGGGUCCUGUAAAAAAUGCAUUAUGUUUUUAGUGGUUACUGAAUAAUAUUUCACUGAACUUUUAAAACCAUGGAUUAAGUAGUUACAGGCAGUAUAAUUUCAAUCUAAUGGUAUUUUAGGGGGCUUUUUAACCUCUUUUAUUUUCUACUGUAAUGAUAUAAGUUAAGGUCUUCCACAAUCGAAAGCUCAUUUUAUCACUGGUUGUCAUAUGGAACAUGUUUACAAAAUAUCACAUGGCCAGAAAUAAUUUGUUAUGGAAAUUCUGGAUGUAAAUUAAAUGUCCAAGUAUCCCCACAAGAAAUUGAGUUUGGAGUUCUUAACUGUAUAAAUGGCAGCUAAUCACCGAUUGUUAACUAGACCAGAAACUAAGGUUGGUUUGAUGUUUUGGGUUAAACAGGCAGCACUUCUGGAUGAAACUGCCUCUAUCCUCAGAAAUAUGAUUAUUCAAAUAUUUAAGUUUUAUCCCUUUCUAUUCCUCACAUUACUGUAGUCUUGAAAUAUUCUUGUGUUCUAUAGUGUCACUUUAUUUGCUCCACUCCUUUUCAUUUGAAUGAUUAUUUGCUUCAUAUGUCAAUAAGAAAUAAUUAUCUUAAUCAUUUUAGUAUAACUGCUAGAAAAAUUUGAAUGAGAAAAAUACCAGAAGAAUAUUAUC